UUGGUGUAAAAACCGCGAACUCUGCUGCUGGCUGCUCGAACAACUCACUCCGUUUUUGACUUUUGAAAAUUGUGGUUGUGGUUCGUCGCAUUUUGUCAUUUUGUAUAAAAAUUAAAUUCGUACGCGCGACUUUUUUGGCGAGUGUGUAAAAAUCACAGUAAAAGUCACAGGAGACCACCUUUUUCACUGACUUGCGUUUUUAAAGCAAUCCGGUUGGGUGAAAAGUUUAAAAACUGCCUGAAUCGUGAAUGUGACUCGAAGAAUCCCAUGUGCUGGCCUUUAUUUUAUUCGAGUGGACACUUUUGGCAAGCUAUUGCUGUAUCUCUCUUUUAUACUACUGGGCAGUGUUUUCACCCUGGUAAAGUGGUUCCAGUCUCCAGUCCCCAGUCCCCAGUUUCUUGGUGAUCGUCUCUGAAAAGCUUAAAAUGUCUGAUAACUUAAACGGCUGCCCCACCAACUCAAAUGGAAAGCGCUCCGCUGGCGGAGAAUCGCCCAUUGAUGAUCAGGAUGCCGAGUAUAUCGUAGAAAAAAUAGUCGGCAAAAGCUUCCUUGACGGCCGUCCCCAAGUCCUAGUCAAGUGGCAGGGGUAUCCAAUCGAGCAGAGCACCUGGGAGCCGCUCGAGGAGAUGGACAAGUGUCUCGAUUUGGUCAGCGACUACGAGCAGCAACUGUUCUAUGAUUGCCAGGAGAAGGCGAAGAUCGAGAGGGAGCUCGCAAAGGACGUGUACCCAAAAGCUGUCACCACUGCUGUUGGAGCCUCUAAGCAGUCCGAGGGAUCCUCUGUCCAGGCCACGCAGGUGAAGGUCGUAAACGAACAGCCUGAUUCUCUUCUUCCCACCACCUCUUUUGGUGGAUCCCCUACCAAGGUCACGACGCAAGGGCUUCCACCAUUUCCUGUUCUUGUAAAGCAAGAGGAUCAGGAAUAUCCCACAAUGUUUUCCGGAAAGAUGAAGCCGAUGGUAUCCUUGACCCAGGAGAAGCAGCUGACUACCGUGGAGGAAGAGGAUCAGGUCUCUGUUCACCUCGUAAAGCAAGAGGAUCAGGACUACCCAACUACGUUUUCCUCUGUCCAGGAGAAACAGCAGAAUAUUGUGGAGGAAGGGGAUCAGGGGCUCCCCACCACCUCUGAAAUAAAGCUGGCAGAGACUUCUACCGCCAAUGCCGCCGUAAAGCAAAAGGAUCAGGAGGCUCCCACCACCUCUUCGGGUCGCAAAACGGCUUGGGGAAGCAACCAGCCUUGGAAUGGCAAGAAGAAGGGAAAAUACGGAAAGAAUAAGGCAAAGUUAGCCAAGAAGUCGAAGGCAGCCUCUACCCAGCAGAAGCCGACGACUAUGGACGUUGGAAGCGAAGAGGAUGAGGACCUUAAAAAUUCAAUGCCUGUCGCGUCUGGAAAAGGAGCAAAGCCAAAGAAACUCAAAUUGGCAUCUGCCAAGGAGACCAGUGACGAAACUUUAGGAGCAGCAGCACCCUUUCCGUUGGCCCGUUGUGCCGCCAGUGCUGCUUUACCUGAGAAUCCACCACAGGAUGCAUUGAACGCCCUGCCGGACCUGGAGCAGAUGACGAUUAAGGAUCCAGAUCAGAUCAAGAUUGACCAGCUGCUCGCAGAGCUGGAUGAUCGCCUGUCUAGGCCAGCCGGAAACUUCUUUAAAUUGUCCAGGGGACGUGGAAACGGUGGACGUAAUGGACGUGGCGGGCGCAGGGCGGCAGGAAAUCCUUGGAACCAGCCGUACCAGGGUGUCUUCGGCUUGGAUCGCGGUCUUGAGAUGGAAAAAGUGGAGCAUAGCUUUAAGAUUCUAGAUUUUCACUUCUUAUUCGUCACCUGGAAGGGCUGCCCCGAAAUGGACACAGUCACUCUUCCGUCUGUCAGGUACUUGUACCCACAGCUUGUAAUCGACUACCUGGAGACCUUGAAGCGCAAACGUCGCUAAGGAGGCUUUGUGCCUGAAACUCGGAAACUAGUAUUAAGAAAAUCCAAAAAACUGCGUGAAAGUUCGAGAAAACGCACGUAGAAGAAAUGUAUUUUUUUUUGGUUGUCUGUGAUGUAUUUUAUUUUAUUGACAACGAUUUUUAUAUCAUAAUCCGAGCCUAACGAUAACUCGGAAACUAGUAUUAAGAAAAGCUGCGUGAAAGUUCGAGAAAACGCACGUAGAAGAAAUGUAUUUUUUUUUUGGUUGUCUGUGAUGUAUUUUAUUUUAUUGACAACGAUUUCUAUUUCAUAAUCCGAACCUAAAGAUAAUAUGUAAUAGUCUGUAUUUUGAGAAUCUGCAUUCAUUAUAUAUAUGUAAUGUAUUUGUCAACUUAAAGGAACGAAAAGAAAAAUGUAUACGCGUUGCGUACAAAAGUGCCAUUAAGAUUGCAGAGAUUACAUGAAAGAACAUAUUUGAAAAUAAAUCAUAAAAGGAACAUGUA